GACAGUUGUUGGUGUAGUGUGAUUAAAGACAGGCUGAGAGGAGCUUGUUUAGUAAAUGAAUUGAGGCAGACUGUACCGGAUGCCUGGAUGUUUCUACAGUGGCUGCUGAUUCACCAGAGGACAGGAUGGACGGCUGGAAUUCAUAGCUUUGGUCACAACUACAUACAGCCAAGUGAUGACUCUAAGGCAGCAGAGAGGAGAAUACUGACCACAUACUGACCACAUACUGACCACAGCCCUAAUCAGCUACCACGCCUGGGAACAAAAGGACUGACCAGCCUACUGAACAACACUGGACACCUAUAACAGAGAGCACAGCAUCUAAGUACAGAUCAACCAACUGGGGAACCCUGAUCAACCAACUAGGGAACCAGAGAGGCGGAGAUCGUGACGAGCCCUGAGCAGCACCUGCACCCUGCCUUCUAGUGUAGAGUAUGACUUGGCAGGCCAGCCCACCCUGUCGCUGAGCCCCAGGGGCGCUAUGAUAUCGCACUACCCCCUGGCCACCCUGCUGCCCUGGCCCACCGGCUCCUUCGGACACUGUCCCGACCUGGAGGCCUCCCUGCUGGAUGGGGAGGGAGGGGUGGCCCUGCAGAGGUACCAGGCUCGAUCACCAGAGAGCAGCCCCAGACACUGGAGCUCUGUGCAGGACUGGGGGGAGGAAGUGGAGGAGGGGGCUAUAUACAACGUGACACUGAAGAGGGUCCAGAUUCAGCAGGCCGCCAACAAGGGAGCAAGAUGGCUGGGGGCGGAGGGGGACCGGCUGCCCCCAGGCCACACGGUGAGCCAGCUGGAAACCUGUAAGAUCCGAAGUAUCCGGGCAGGAACGCUGGAGCGGCUAGUGGAGACCCUUCUAACUGCCUAUGGCGACAACGACCUCACCUACACUAGCAUCUUCCUGUCCACAUACCGUGCUUUUGCCAGCACGCAGACCGUGCUUUCACUGCUGCUAGACAGGUAUGGAAUUCCAGAAGAUGGUGACGGACAGACAGAGCAAUGUAGACCCUCUGAUUCCAAAGGAGCAGUUCGAACUGCCCUAACCUCCAUCCUGCGAGCCUGGCUGGAUCAGUGUCCUGAGGACUUCCAGGAGCCUCCAUCCUACCCCUGCCUUCACAGGGUGUUGGCCUAUCUACAGAGGGCCCUGCCUGGAUCAGAGCCCGUUCGCAGAGCACAAAGUCUACUGGAGCAGCUGCAGGACAAGGCCAGUCUGGAUGUAGACUCAGAUGGUUUGGCUGGUGGUUUUCACGGCAACAGCUGCUUCUGCCUGGGUGAGGAUGAGGAAGUGGAGGUUGAGAUCCAGGAAGACUUCCUGUCAUUUGAUGCAGAUUUAGUGGCGGAGCAGCUGACUUAUAUGGAUUCGCUGUUGUUCCAGAAGGUGGUUCCUCAUCACUGUCUGGGCUCCAUCUGGUCCCAGAGGGAUAAGAAACAGAACAGGCACAGUGCCCCCACCGUCCGCGCCACCAUCACCCAGUUCAACGCCGUGGCGGCGUGUGUGGUCAGCACCAUACUGCAACAACGGCAGAUCCGCCCGCACCUCCGGGCACGGAUCAUCCAGCGCUGGAUAGACAUCGCUCAGGAGUGUCGCAUACGUAAGAACUUCUCAUCGCUGCGAGCCAUCGUGUCCGCACUGCAAUCCAACCCUCUCUACAGACUGAAGAAGGCCUGGUCCUGUGUCCACAAAGACAGCAUGACUACGUUUGAUGAGCUGUCGGGCAUCUUCUCAGAUCACAACAACUACCUGACCAGCCGGGAGCUGCUAAUGAGGGAGGGAACCUCUAAAUUUGCCAAUCUGGAAGGCUGUGCAAAAGAGCACCAGAAACGCACUCACAAACGACUACAGCUGCAGAAGGAAAUGGGUGCCAUGCAGGGAACGAUACCUUACCUGGGCACGUUCCUGACAGACCUGACCAUGCUGGAUACUGCUCUGCCAGACCUAGUGGAGGAUGGCCUCAUCAACUUUGAGAAGAGGCGAAGGGAGUUUGAGGUGAUUGCCCAGAUUAAGCUGCUGCAGUCUGCAUGUAACAGCUACUGUCUGAGUGCUGACGCGUCCUUCCUGCGCUGGUUUAAGAGCCAACCCCAGCACAGCGAAGAGGAGAGCUAUGCUAUUUCCUGUGAGAUUGAAGCCCUGGCAGAUGGCAGUCCCAUCUUGCCAAAACCUCGCAAAAGCAUGGUGAAGAGACUUAGCCAACUUUUCUUGGGAGUAGAUUCUUCAGCAGCCAGUUCCCCAGUGAGGGAAACCCAUCUGUCUCCCCCUACUGGCAGUUCAGGGGAGAGCAUGGACUCAGUCAGUGUGUCUUCCAGUGAUUCCGGUCCCUCAGACAGCGAGGGCCUGGGUUUAACACCAAUACACAACUCUGACACUCAGCAGAACAAAUUGUCGGAAUCAUCCUCCUGCACGUCCCUCCACUCCAUGGAUACCACGUCGUCCUCCGCCAGCGUUCCAGUGACCCCAGCAUCUCCCUCCCUGCCUGGCCUGGCCUGCAUGCACCGUCGCUCAGGCUCCCUUACGCCCAUGUCCCCCUCCUCACCCCCUGCCUACAACACCCAGGCCCGGGACGCCUGCAUCAUCAGAGUCAGCCUGGAGCAGGGCAACGGCAACCUCUACAAGAGCAUCCUGCUGACGAGUCAGGAUAAGACCCCGGCUGUGAUUUCCAGAGCUGUGGCCAAACACAACCUGAACAGUGAGCCUGCAGAAGGAUAUGAGCUAGUACAGGUCAUCUCUGACGAGAGAGAGCUGGUGAUUCCAGACAAUGCCAACGUGUUUUACGCCAUGAACACCUCCGCUAAUUACGACUUCCUGCUCCGAGUGCGAGGCACAGCUGGGCGGCCGGUCCAGCUAAGGAGUCGUUGCGCCUCCACGCUCCCCCGUGCCCAGCAGCGCUCCAGUCUAUCCCUGCGCCUCAGCAAGGUCACACUGUGAUCCCAUGGAGAGACUGGAGAGGCUUACGGGGGGGGGAUAAUGAACUCUGAAUUCCCUAUCACCCCCCCCCCCCCCAUAUGGACUAUUAUGGAUUUUAGUGGGACUGCUGUGCCAACGUUGCCAUAUAGAUUACUGUGGCAGAGAGAGACAGUUUUCUCCAUAACCUGCCUCUCUGUCCGCAUGAAGAGGUUUUGCACACACAGGAGGCGUGACUCCUGCCCUCCAUCAGUAUUCUGCUUUUUUAGCAACUCCUUUUUUUCUUCCUGUGAUGCCUGUAUGUGUAUUUCCCAUUCAGAGGGAGAUGGGAGCCUGUGAUUGACACGACUGCGAUUGACAGGAGCUAUGUCAUUGUCCCUUUUGCUUUCCCGACGCUUCCCAGGGUGCACUGUGUGCGCCGAUGGACUGCGCCUCUCAUAUUGGGAGCUGUGUGACGAAUGCCGGUCUGGGGGUGUUCUGAUAGGCUCCUGCUUGGUUUUAACAAGUUCUCUCCUGUUGAUAUUGCCGAGGUCACUGUGUGAGGCCUGGAUUUGGCUGCCUGCUGCGCCAGUUAGCAGAGAUGUCCUAAUAGUGAUGCACUUGUUUCUGGGUGGAUGAUGUCAUCAGGGGAGGAGUCUAAAUGAGCGGUUUACUUGUCGUAGUCAUCUGCUCCACUUUUAAUCUCCACACAAAAUGGAGUUCAAUAGUUUUUCAUUGAUUUGUGUUGUUUAUUUUUUUUUUACAGGGCCAAAAAAUAAAUCCUCGAAGAGGGCGACCGAGGGUGUUUAUAUGAUAUGUAAAUUCCAAUGACGUCCCAAAAAUAAAUAAAUGGCCAGUGCCGGACUUGCUGUGA